UGAGAUUCUUUGGACUAACAGGUUACCUAUUAUGAGGCUCUGGACAAUAGGAAUACUACUCUUUGUCAGCAGCAUCAGUUGUGCAAGUUUGAAUGAUCAAAUUCAAAGUCGGUAUGUGGAUGGUGACAAAUCUCAGACUAUUGAGAUAAGACGUAAAAGUUCAACUCGUGAAGCUGAUUAUUAUGAAAAAAUUGAUAUUCCACUUUCGAAAAUCGAUAUAGAUUCAACCUCUGAUCAAAAAAUUUCAAAUGUGAAUAUAAAUGUUGAUGGUGAUGCUGAUAGUGAAGUUGUAAUUAAGUACUCAGAUUUAGCUGGAGAAUCCGGAGUUCUUAUUGUUCCAAGUUCUUCGCCAUCAAAUGUUCCUCUUGUUUUUGCAGUGCGACCAAUUGUGAGCACCACGAACAAUAACAAACAUUAUUUAAAAAUGCAAAUUUUUGAUGAUUCGGAAAUAAGUGAAGAUGAAGAUGUUGAUGAUGAUGAUCGCCAAGAUUGUGAAGAUUUAAGUGAUGAAGUGGUUGACAGUGAUUUUGACGAUUAUUCAGAUGACAAUAAACAAAAGUGGCAAAUUCAAACAAAUAAGAAAUUAAACAGAAAGCAAUCAUCUAAUUCACCAAUCGUACCAAAUUCAAUUAAAUAUAAGGCUAUACCGAAAACACCGUCAAAUAGAAAAAUACGAAUUUUCGUCUGGAGAAAACCUUUGAGCCAUCAAGAUAAAAAUAAGAAAAGCAACAUUAAAGGGAGUACUGUUUCACCAACAGCAAAUUAUACGAUCACAGAAAAAGAAUCAGAAUUGGAACAAUUAUUUACCAAAGAAAAAUCUCAAGGAGGUUCAUCGAGCAUAGAUUCAGAAGGCAGGCUUCCAAAUAAGAAGUAUGGCCAAAGAAAACGAUAUAAGGGAAAGAGAAACAACUUUAAUUAUAACCAGUUUAAGUUGUUAUCUGUUUUGAAGUAAUAAUAAAAUAUAGAAUUCAUC